AUGGCUCCGAUGUACGUACUCUGCACCUCUGGACCAGAAUCUUUCAUCGGACAGCUGCAGCAUCUUGCUUUGUUGAAGUAUCGUAAGUAUCUCGGCUCUGCUCCUAUCGAUCCCGCGACAAUCGUUCACGACCCUAGCUUCGUUCCCGGCUUCCCAGAUCCCAGAUCCCGCCAUCCCAAUUCCUCGUAUAUACGCCUUGCUCCAGAUCGACAGAACGAUCUCUUCUCUUCGGUAACUGCCCUCCGAAUCGCCGCCUCGACCCAAAUCGCUCUUCAAAGCAUGAGGACCUUCUCUGAGAGAAAGACAAUGCCUUCCUUCGACUCCGAGAAACGCAUCAUGCCACCCAACGACGACGCGCCUCACGUCUUGAAUAUCAACGAGUCUGGCCACAUCCAAGAGCUCGAGCGUAACUUCUCCCUCUUCUCGAUAUGUGCCGUCGGCAUCGUCACAGGAAAUACGUGGGCUGCUCUCGGUGGCUCGAUCGUCGUUGCCAUCUACAAUGGCGGACCGCCUGGCGUCCUGUACGAGUUCAUCGCUGUGUCGAUCUUCUACUGGUUGAUUGCGGCUUCCAUGCCGAGUAGUGCUGGUGUUUAUCACUGGGCUUCUAUCACUCCGGGUCCCAAGUAUGGCCGUAUCUGUGGAUGGUUCGCUGGGUGGUGGAAUACAUUUGCUUGGAUGUGCGGUACUGCCACCAUGGCGAGUAUCAGCGGCCAGAUCGUGAUUGCGAUGUACGGUCUCUAUCAUCCCGAGUCCUGCUGCUCCGUUGUGCUCUUCGCCAACAAAGCGCUUCCAAUGAUCAACCAGAUCGGCCUGUUCUUCAUUCUUGCGGGCGUGAUCAUUACGAUCAUAGUCUGUGCUGUCUUGCCGGCCAGUGCUGGAACCGGACAUGCAUCCUCAUCCUUCGUCUGGGCCGACUGGUCCAACCAGACCGGAUACUCUAGCAAUGGUUUCGUCUUCUGUCUUGGAAUGCUCAAUGGCGCCUACGCUGUGGGAACACCUGACUGUGUCUCCCACCUCGCAGAAGAGAUCCCAAACCCAAAACGCAAUGUCCCGUUCGCAAUAGCAGCACAAAUGGUAACUGGCUUCGUCACCACCUUCUGCUACGCCAUUACCAUCUUCUACGCCAUUUCAAACCUCGACGACGUCCUCGCAGCGACCUCCUUCCCCCUCGCAAUCAUUUACCGCCAAGCUACAACCACCAAAGCCGGUACGAUGGGACUCCUCUUCCUCAUCCUCAUCCCUAUCAUCUGCUGCUGCAUUGGAACCUUCAUCACAGCCGGCCGCUGUCUCUGGACCAUCGCGCGCGAUGAGGCAGUUCCCUGCUCAGGCACUUUCAGCAAGAUCUCCCCGCGGUUCAAGAACCCUUUCAACGCUACCGUCUUCUGCGCCGUCUUCUGCACCAUUCUCGGACUCAUCUACGUCGGUUCCUCCACGGCUUUCAACGCCUUCGUCGGAUCCUUCGUAGUGUUGACUACGCUGUCAUACCUCGCGGCCAUCCUCCCAUUCAUCCUCACCCGCCGCUUCUCUCGCGAGUCCGCUCCGCCGGGUCCAUGUAUCAGUAACAUCUCCCCAGGGCCUUACCAGAUGGGCCACUACCUCGGCUACGCCGUCAACACCAUCGCGUGCUCGUACAUCGCCGUGUUCGUGGUGAUAUACUGCUUCCCGUUCUCGCUCCCCGUUACCGCGGUCAACAUGAACUACGCGUGCGUGAUCGCAGGCUCGCUGACGAUCUUCGCAGGCGUGUGGUGGCUGGCUCAGGGCAGGGCCUACGUCGGGCCCCGGGCGCUUUUGCACGAGGAUAAGGGCAUCUCGCUGGUCGUCCUUGGACGAGAACAAGCCGGCUGA